GUUUAUUAUUUUUUUAAAAAACAUUCUCAUAAUGUUAUAACCAAUCUUAUGAGUUUUGGGGGGGCUUGUCUCAUGAUUUCUGAAAUCUUGAAGAUGCCAAUACUGUGCCCCAUUACAAUAUUUGCACAUGUUGUGCUGUGAUCUUUGUCAUUAUCAGGAAUUAAGCUAUACCUAAGUUUAAAUACUGCAGGGAAAGUGAUAACUUAAUGCUUACUUACAUUACUUUUAUUCUUAAUUUUUAUUGCCGUGUACUAGAAUACAUACAAGUAGAGAAUCUCAGACAGACAAGAAACAUACAAAUCCUUUGAAUGGCCUCCUUACUUUAACCAUGUAACAGAACAUUAAAAAUUAACGUGGAAGGGUAAAGUAUUAGAAGGAUAUUGACUUAUUUAUAAUAGUUCCUUAAUAUAUUUUGUGGCAUUUCAUAUACCUCCUACACUUUUAUUUUUUCUCUUAAUUAUCUUUCAUACCUCCUGAGGCCCUCCCCGUCCCAAUACAGGUCACUGCUAUCCCCACCCCCCUCUCCACUUAUAACCUCUAAUCGGGAUAUUUUCUUCUCCCAGACACUGAAUUAGAAAGCAAAAAUAACUUCCCAUACACACACAACAUGUAUACAUGCUCUCUUUUUGUGAUAUAUGGAAAAAAAAGAGUGGUUUUACUGGUUAUACUGGAAAGAAAAGAAAUAUAGAACAGGAAACUAUGAAUAUGCAUUUUGGAGUGUAUUGAUGUCAUUUUGUUACAUUUUAAAGUAAAAUUGUACCUUCCUACCAAUGUGGUAAGACUUUCAUAUUCCAUUACUGUGUCACUCAUGAGUUAUUUCAUUUUAUCUCCCUCAUGGGUUUAAUUUACUUCCAUAUAUACCUUCUGUGUUUUCUCUGCAGGAAAAAUUUAUGGGACUAGUAGAAGGAUGACAUCCAGUGUAAGGACCAGCUUCACCUUGAUUCCCCACCAGAAAUACAGGCGCAGUAGCCGUCGCUCCAAACCAUUCUGCAACACUGUGGACACAGAUUCUGAGUCACUGUCAACUCUCGGGAAUUUCAAAGCACUGCCAUUGGAGAUCUUUCAAAUGGUCUUGAAAUAUCUCUCAGUGAAGGAUAUCAGCAUGCUAAGCAUGGUGUCGAAAGCCAUCAGCAACCACCUUAUUAAUUACAUCUCAACCUCAUCAGGAAACAGAAGGCUUUUACUGCAAGAUUUUCAUAACCUUGAGAUAUCUGGCAAGAGAGAAGGAUCCUGUGUAUUAGAACACUACAGAUCUCUAGGUUUGUUGCUUAAAAGGUGCACACUACUGCUGCCCACAAAAGACAGGCUAAAAUACAUACACAAGAUACUCUCAGAAGUUUCCUGUUUUAAACUCAGUGGUUGCCCAAGCCCGUUGCAUUGCUUAGGAUUACAAUGCUAUGGAGUGUUUUUACAGACCUUGACAGCAGGUUGGGAUGAGCUAGAAUGCCAUCGUGUUUUUAACUUCCUCUGUGAGCUGAGCAACCUACCCCGCAAAGUACAGACAGUUGUGAGCAGCAAACCAGGAAGUGCCCGAAAGCUGGAACUACGAAUAAGGUUAUUCUGUCGCAGUGUCCUGCUAAAUCACUGGAUUCAUCGAAGUGAUUCUGCAUUUUGGCUCACUCGUAUCUUAAAACCGUGGCCAAUGGUUAAUCAAGCCCGGCUGUUGUACAUCAUUUUUGGGCCAGUCUCCUCUCUAAAUGGACAUGUGGUUUGGCAGAAAAUGAUAGAAGGACCAACAGAUGAGACCAGUUUAAAGGGUCUAGCUGAUGCUAUUAAACUACUGUAUGACACAGAAGCUAAAGAGUGGACAGCAGAUGAUGUUAUCAGUCUUGUGGAUGAAUUGUCAGUGGUUCCCCGGGAAUGGCUCAUGGAGAAUAAUGCUCGCCUCCUCAUCCUGAGUGGGAACAACAUCUGCUUCACCUUCAUGGCUAGUAAAGCUGUGAAUGGGCGGGCUGUUGAGUUGGCCAAGCUAGUGGUCUUUCUGGCUUUGGUCUGUGAGAAGGAAUUGUACUGCAUGGAUUGGGCAGUAAAAAUGAUGCAGAAAGUCUGCAAGGUUUUCAGCACUCCAGGUGAAAGGAAUAACUUCCUGCAGAGUGUGGAGAAUGCAUUUGCUCACAUGAUCAUGGACAUGCUACAGUCAGUAAUGUCUGGAGAUCGUGAUGAAGAAGACAGCAGCUUUUUGAAUUUGUUCCACCUUGUGAAUGCACAAGCUAACUUCCAUAAGGAAAUUCUGUAUCUGACCAUGAGAAGCACCUCUACCUAAAUACUCAGAAUCUCAGGCUUUUAGAGAAUACUACAGUGAUUCAGAUAGGUGGCCUUUUCCACCCUUUAUUUUCUCACAUAUACAAAAUAGUGUCCACCUACCUUUUAAAUUCACUCUCCAACAGCUGCUUGCAAAGUUUUAGCAGCUACUGAGCACAUUUUCAAAAAUAGAAAAUAUAAUAACCAGUUAAAUCUGGAGGUAUAACCUUUGCAGAAGCAGCAGGAGGCUGACUGGAGAUGCUAGUGAAAUAUAAAGCAGAAGAAUUACUUAAACCUAUGAAGACAUAUUGAGGCAUCUUUAAGAAACUACAGCACAAUCUGUGCAAUAAACUUGUCUAAGCCUGUAUGUCAGGAUGUGCUGAGGAGCCUAUCUGUGGCAUUCCAUGGUUUGGCUGUUAUGGGCAGGAAUACAACUGCAUUCUUCUCCCACUGUGUAUAUUUGGAUACA